CCAAAAAGAUUUCUUUUUUUAUUGAAAACCUUUGAAGGAAGAAAGCUGAAAGUAGAAAAGAUCCAAAGUUACAAGGAACCAAAUUUCCAAGGAAUUUCCUUUCUCUCUCUCUCUCUCUCUCUUAUUAUUAAUGUUUUCUCUUUGUUUUUCACAAAUUUGGUUACAUUUAGGGACCUGAGUCCCUCGCUUAGCAAAAGAAAGAUCAUCCUUCAACCAGCAGCAGUUUCCAAGAACAAAGAAGAAGAAACAAUUAUAGUGAUAAUCAAUACUUGUGGAGGUGUAGUUAGGUUAAAUAUAGUAAGCAAGGAAAUAAAGGAAAAAAAAAGGGUUUAAAUUUUUUGGGUUAAGGGGGUAAAUAAUGGGGAGAGGAAGAGUAGAGUUGAAGAGGAUAGAGAACAAGAUAAACAGGCAAGUUACAUUUGCAAAGAGAAGAAAUGGUUUGCUCAAAAAAGCUUAUGAAUUAUCUGUUCUAUGUGAUGCUGAGGUUGCUCUUAUCGUUUUCUCUAACCGUGGCAAGCUUUAUGAGUUCUGUAGUACUUCUAGCAUGCUCAAGACACUUGAUAGAUAUCAGAAAUGCAGUUAUGGUGCAGUGGAAGUUAACAAGCCAGCAAAGGAGCUUGAGCAGAGCAGCUAUCGGGAGUAUCUGAAACUCAAAACUAGAUAUGAGGCCCUACAACGAACUCAGAGAAAUCUUCUCGGUGAAGACUUGGGCCCCUUGGACUCGAAGGAGCUUGAACAGCUUGAGCGUCAACUAGAGUCAUCCUUGAAACAUGUCCGCUCCAUCAAGACUCAAUAUAUGCUUGACCAGCUUUCAGAUCUUCAGAAUAAGGAACAAAUGUUGAUGGAAGCUAACAGAGUUUUGUCAAUAAAGCUUGAUGAAAUUAGUACAAGAAACCAGUUUCAAGCAUCAUGGGAAGGUGGUGAGCAAAGUGUAACAUUCAGUAACCAGCAGGCUGAUCAAUCUCAAGGGUUAUUUCAGCCAUUGGAAUGCAAUCCAACUUUGCAGAUAGGUUAUAAUCCUGUUGCUUCAGACCAGAUGGCUGCUACAACUCAUGCUCAGCAAGUCAAUGGGUUUAUCCCUGGAUGGAUGCUUUAAAUUUUUGCAUGAACCAAUGUGGUUGAUGGUCAUAACCUAGUAGCUUACCUACUAGGUAAAUGCUUCAUGAUGUUGGAAAUAUGUAAAUGGUUUCAAAAGCAUGCAUAAUCCUGCAUUGACAUAUAUAAAAAACAGCAGUGGCUGAAUUUGGUAAGACUAUUAUAUUGAAACCUUGAGCCACAGGCAAGAGACAUGUGAUCUAUUUAUGUAUGAUAUUCAAGACUUGACAAAGACGUUAUUUAUGUUCCUUAA